UAUGUCACAAAUUUUUAUUUUUUCUUCUCCCAGUCGAUUUCGUUCCUAGCUCUUUUUAAAAUUAAAAAUUAUUCAAAAAUCCUGUAAAGACAAUAAAUAAAAAUGAUAACUGUGGUUUCUUUGAUGCGAUCACUCGCUGUUCGAUCGCAAUUAUCUUCGACCACUCGUGAAUUUCAUUUAUCUGCUGUCACAGAAGCAGCAAGAAAAGGUACCCGUGAGAAGGCUCGCAAGAAGAAAGUCAAAGUAGAAGUUAAAAAAGUUGGUUUUAUUCCACACAAUCAAAGGAACAAGGGACUUAACCUGAGCAAAGUUAGUAAGCAUGUCGAUGACUCGUGGAAGGCUAUCCCAAAAGACAAUUGUUAUGUUGGGAAAUACUAUCGCUGGAAUGUAUACACUGUAGCUGAAGCUAUCCAGUGUCAUCGAGAAACUCAUGAUCCAUCAAUGUACAAUGUGCCUAAUGCUCCACUUGAUGUUGAGAUUGAGUUGAAUAUGCAAGCAGAAAAAGCUAAUCGGUUUGUAGACAACUUCAAUCGAAUGGCCAUGAUUCCUCACAAAUUCGAUCACGGAGAUGAGAGGAAGAUUCUUGCUUUUACAAAAGAAAAUCAUCUAAUUGCAGAAGCGAGACAAGCUGGUGCAAGUCUUGUCGGCGGUGUGGAACUAAUUAAAGACAUAACCAACGGAGAUCUGUUACUUACCGAUUACCACUUCAUUAUUGCACAUACAAAUAUCCUCCCUGAGUUAGUAAGUCUUCGGGGUUUGUUGAAGAGAAAAUUCCCAAAUCCACGAAGUGAAACUUUGGGAACAAAUCUUGCCGAAAUGAUUAAAAAGUUCUCGGAUGGUGUUAGUUAUGCUGCCACUAAAGAUGAACACCAACAAGAUUUUGGAAUGAUCAAAACAUGCAUUGGAACGCUCGAUAUGGAUGUUAAACAUCUUGAAGAAAAUCUUGCAUCGCUAUUAAAAGAUGUCAAUUCGAUGCGUCCUAAACGUGAAGGCAAAUUUAUUACACGAGUUCUUCUAAAGAGUCCUCCAAGCAGUGAACAAUUGAAAAUCGAUCCUUUCCUCUAUGUACCAGAACAAGGUUCAAUUAAUAACUCGAGGAAAAAUAACAAAUCAGCGGAAGUAGCCGAAGAAGAAGAGGAUGAUGAAAAACCUGAAGCAGCACGUGCAGCCAAUUAAAAAAACCAAAACAAUAUUGCAAUUAUGUUAACAUAUAGGACAUAAAAUUAGUCAGUUUAAUUGUAUAAAUAAUGUGUGUCUUGUUUAAAUUUUUGUUGCUAUUGA